AUGUUUUUUAUUGUUGGCGCACUUGUCAUGCUAAUAACAACAUGCGCAUUAUGCGGCUUUACAUGCAUAUUAUCAUCCAUUUUACGUGACGAAUAUUAUCAUCGACGACAAAUACGUGAACGAGAGCAAGAAUUGCGCAUUUUAGAGGAACGACUUCAUGAGGCUGGAAUUAAUAUUCAUUUCAAUGCAUUCAAUGAUCCACCAGAAUUGGAUAGGCAAAGUAAUAAUGAAAUAAAUACAGCUAUUGAACAAUUAAGUGUGAACUCAGAAAUUGAUUUAACUCAAUCAAGUACAGUCGCAUCAGAUGGCGAAACAAUACCUUCUACAGCAACAUCAUUUUUAUCGCCAAAUAAACAA